AUGUCGGACUGGACACUACUUAUUGUCAACGUCGCUUCAACAUUAACAAUUAUUUUGACUUCCAUAGUCGUUCUUGUAAAUUGUGCAGGAAAUGAAGAACAAUCGAGAAGAAGUUCGGGAAAAGCGAAAAACGGGUCUAUUAACGGUACGCGAAUUCCGCUGAGCAGAAACAUAGUUGGGAAUAAUUUAAACGGUCACACUGAAUUGCUAUCCGCUCAGCACGAGAACACGCAACCUUUCAGAGUUGAACUGAUAGAAACACGAAGAAUUGGAACCGAAUGCAGAGAUAAAGCAUUGCUUGCAAUGGACAAGCAUACGACAAGGAUACCAAUUGCUAAAAAUGUCGAGCAAACAAAAGGACCGAGCAAAAUCGGACCAUGUAAGGAAUGCAACAAAUUUGCCGUAUCAAAUGUAAACGAGACAAAAAUGCAAGUUGCAGAGAAUGAGAAAGCCAUUAAAACAAAGAAACCACCGAGACAAUUUUUCUACCAGAAAACUGUCAUAGUUCCUCGGGAAGGCAUUGAAUUGCAUCAAAGAAUAUCGCCAGUGAAUAUAAAUACUUCCCAAAUUCAGUCGAAUGGAAGUCCGAACGAUGAAUCGCAUGUCGCAAUUUCGUCAAAUCACAUGCAGGAACAUGCAACUCCUGCCAAAAAUCCUUUUAAAGCUGAUCUGGAAGUAUUUUAUAGAGCUAAUGCACCACAAACUUUCAAUCUUUCUAUGAACACUGAUUUUAGCGAGAAAAUAUUACCUUACAACCAUCCAACGAGAACUUCACUGGCCCAAUCGUUCAAUGGUAAUCGUAACUAUGAAAAUGAUCAAACAUUUCGACCGAUCCUGCAUAGCUCCAAUCGAAUUCGAUACAAACUUAAAGAACCUGUUUCUUUAAUGGUGUACAAGUAUGAAAGCCUAAUAGCUCAAAUCCGCAGCGAAAAGUAA